AUGUCUGAGAAUAGUGAGUUUGAAGACAAUAUUGCAAUGGGCUGCAUCGCUGCGAUAUCGGUCUUCGGACUGAUUAGCAAUGGCUUGUCCUUUUAUUUAACACGUACAAGAUCACGUUUCCGUAAUGCAUUUGGAAUUUUAUGCAGUAGCUUUCUAAUCUGUAAUUUGCAAGCUAUAAUUGUUCUUCUCACGUGGUGUACCAUUGUUCUAAGUCUGAAGUCUCCAAUAUUAUCGUCACCAGAACUGUUUUCCGUACGAUUAGUUGGUGUUAUUUUGAACGGAGCAUGGUUUGGGUCGAUUCUUAUGCAUUUUUUAACAGCCAUCAAUAGAUUCUUUGCUUUCGUUUAUGCGACAAGGUACAAUCAGUUAUGGUCAGAAACGAGGACUUUCAAAAUUGCGAUCAUCUUUUGGACAAUCUCAAUGGUCUACUGCACCCAUCAUUUGUACGAAAAUUGUUCGCUUCUAUUUAAUUAUGGCUCGAAGUAUCGUUGGUUACAUCACACUUCUUACCAUGGUCAGAUAUGUGCCAGAAUUGAUGCUAUAGUAUCAGUAGCUCUGAUAGUAGCAAUGGCAUGCACUGAUUUUAUUACCUUACUCAAAAUAAUUGCAUAUCACAGAACAAUGCGAAGAAAUACGACAGAGUCAACAACUGUUAGUGUUAUUAAUGAAAAAGAAGUAUUGUUCUUCAAACAGUCAUGCAAACUUGGCUUGCUCUACAUCUCAUGUGCUGUAACAUACAAUAUUCCUUCAUAUUUAUUGACCGAUAAAUGGAUGCUGUUCAUAUCAAGCACGAUCGCAGUACUUUUGGUGCAUUCACUAGAUGGAUUGAUUUUUCUGGUUUUCAACCGGAAGCUUAUUUGCAAAACAAAUUUCGAUGGAACAUCAAUAGCACCAGCUACAAAUUUUCAAGUAAAUCGACGAAGUGAAUAG